UUGUAGGAACUAGAGAGAGGGUGUGACGUAAUUCCGCUUCCACCACGUUUCUUUUUCUUCCGGUCCUUGAGUACUUAGUACCGUAACUGGUGUUCGACUCCAGCUGGGGCUGCAGAAGGCGACAGUGGUCAUGGCGAUGUUUGAGCAGAUGAGAGCAAACGUGGGCAAGUUGCUCAAGGGUAUCGACAGGUACAAUCCCGAGAACUUGGCUACCUUGGAGCGGUAUGUGGAGACACAGGCCAAGGAGAAUGCCUAUGAUCUAGAAGCCAACCUGGCCGUCCUGAAACUGUACCAGUUCAACCCAGCCUUCUUCCAGACCACAGUCACUGCCCAGAUUCUGCUGAAAGCCCUCACCAACCUGCCCCACACCGACUUCACUCUGUGUAAAUGUAUGAUCGACCAGGCACAUCAAGAAGAGCGGCCCAUCCGACAGAUCUUGUACCUCGGGGACCUGCUGGAGACCUGCCACUUUCAAGCCUUCUGGUUCUAGGGGACCCAUCGUGUUCUUCUGGCCUCCAUGGACAUUGCCUGUCUUAGUCGGGUUUCUCUUCCUGCACAAAAAGUACAUCAUGACCAAGAAGCAAGUCAGCACUGGAACUCAAACAAGCCAGGAAGCAGGAGCUGAUGCAGAGGCCAUGGAGGGAUGUUACUUACUGGCUUGCUCUCUUAUAGAACCCAAGACCACCAGCCCAGGGAUGGCACCACCCACAAUGGGCUGGGUCCUCCCCCCUUGAUCACUAAUUGAGAAAAUGCCUUACAGCUGGGUCUCAUGGAGGCAUUUCCUCAAGGGAGGCUCCUCUCUCUGUGAUAACUCCAGUUUGUGUCAAGUUGACACACAAAACCAGCCAGUACACUGGCCAUGCACUUGGUACACAUGCAGGCAAAACACCCUGCCUUUUGUUUUGUUGUAUAACAAGAACCAGAGUUUGGCUCCAGCACAGUUGCUGGGCAGCCUUUUCUGGCCACCAUGGUCACCCACUCACAUCUGUUCAUGCUCACAUGGAUACGUUCACACACACAUAAAUAUAAAAUUUUUCCUUUUUAAAGGAGAUUUAUUAUUUUAUGCAUGGGAGUGCUCUAGCUGCACGCACACCUAUUUGCCAGAAGAGGGCAUAAAAUAACAUAGAUAGUUGAGAGCCACCUGUGGUUACUGGGAAUUGAACUCAGGACCUCCUCCAAGUUAACCACUGGACCAUCUUUUCAGCCCCAAAUCUUGCCUUCUAAAAUAAAUGUUUAGAAGACAAAACACAAUAGCAAAAAAAAAAAAAAAAAAAAACCUGGAGCCUGGGGAGGAUGGAAGCCUGUAGGUCCCAAGCCCCAUCAUGCCAGGUCUGCAGUGAGCCUUUGCCUUCCUACAGAGCUUGCCAGAACCUCUGAGGCAUGGUUUGAGCCCCACCCCUUCUUCAUCCAAGGCAAGGCUAUAGAAAAGUCAGACCAUUAUCUACUGAAAACAUACAAAACAGAAGGUCUGACAUCCCAAAAAUUCAUGUUCAGUGGUCAGGUCAAAGACUGUGGGUUGCCUUCCUCAGUGUCCCCUCCCCCCUGCUGACUUAGAAGCCACUCUGCUGUGUUCACUGAGGGCUCCGUGGUGCCCUCUGCCCAGCUUUCAGCAUACACCAUGCCAUCUCCUGAUAUAUCCCCAGUGAACUUGGCCUUCGGGUGUCGUUUCCAGUGCAGACAUGGUCACGUGGCUUCCAGGACGGUCCUGGGUUUCCUCCCAUCUUACUAACAGCUUCCAACGAAGUGCAGGCCCCUCCUCCUCCCACUCCCGUUGAAGAUGCUUUGCUGAGAGUAGAAACCUUGGGGGUGGAGGGUGAAGGGUGAGCUGCAAAGGGAGCCUUUAGGCACAGAACAGCCUAAAGAUAGAUGAGGUGUGGUGGGUGGGAGGGGUAGUGAGGAAACCCUAUGGCUGAGGGAGAUGGAGGCCAUGGAGAAUGUACCAAUGACCUGCCUCUGUGUGUGUGUGUGUGUGUGUGUGUGUACACGCGUACGCGCACGCGCACGCGCACGCGCGCACACAUUUACAUUCUGUGAUUUGAUUGUUGAAUUUCCCAGCCAGGCAGAGGCAGGUGAAUUUCUUUGAGUUUAAGGCCACCUGGUUUUUAGAGCCAAGUUUAGGACAGCCAAGGCUACACAGAGAAACCUUGUCUUAAACCCGAGAGAGAGAGACACGGGCAGGACCUCCUGCAUCCAGACUGAUCCCACCUGCUGACGGGAACUUGUGAUCCUCCUGCCUCAGCCUUUGGAGCAUCAGCAGCACUUGCUGGUUCUUGUGAUGCUGGAGUGCUAGUGCACAUGUUAAUUAAUGCUCGGGGCAUCGUCUCUUCCACAGCAAGCCCUGGAUGAGAACAUGGACCUCCUGGAAGGCAUAACUGGCUUUGAAGACUCUGUCCGAAAA